UUAUGUUUGCAUGCUCUCUCUUCUCAGCUUUGGCUCCUUGCUCAUCCACAGCCCUAUGGAAAGGAUUAGGAAAGCCUGUAUCCUGAUGGGGAGCACCAGGCAGAACCCCAAUUCUUCAGCGCAUCCCCAGGGUGAAAGUUACCCACCAGCCUGCUUGCAAAGGGUAAAAACAACACUGGAGGUCACAAUUCCCCUUGCUGUUCAUCACCAGCUGUGCCUCGAUGAGCUGCACCUGCUCCAGGGCUGCCCCAUGCUAUAAAGCUGUGGUUGGUGGACAGCAGCGGUUUUUGCACGCAUGGAGGACGUGUCGCCACUGGAGCAGUACCUGGAGCGCUGCGGCACGCAGGAUGACCUCUCAACCAGUCCCCAGCUGUUUAAUCCUAUGAGCCCCUAUGACGUGGACCUUCCAAUUCAAGUAGCUGAAGAUGUAGCAUUUGGUUCUCAGUUUAAUCAGCCCAAAGAGCUUCCUGCAGACUUCUCCUCUGUGGACCUCAGCUUUCUUCCAGAUGUUACCCAAGAUAACAAAGAACAAAAUCCAUCUGAAGAUGCUCAUGAAAUGCAAGGAGGGCUCAACGGAUCAGUACCGAGAAAUGAGGACAGAGGAAUCUUCAUGGAGGAGAGCAGCCUGUCGUACCAAGAUGCAAUCCAGCCGAGCCCAGGAGAACCUGGUGUGUGUCCUCCCCUGACACCAAUGACUCCUAUGACCCCAGUGACACCUGCAUCAGAGAGCUCUGGCAUAGUUCCUCAGUUACAGAAUAUUGUGUCAACUGUAAACUUGGCUUGUAAACUAGAUCUGAAGAACAUAGCUCUGCAUGCCAGAAAUGCAGAGUAUAACCCAAAGAGGUUUGCUGCUGUGAUCAUGAGGAUCAGGGAACCACGAACAACGGCCCUUAUCUUCAGCUCAGGAAAAAUGGUCUGCACAGGAGCAAAAAGUGAAGAGCAGUCAAGGCUCGCAGCGAGGAAGUAUGCGCGUGUGGUGCAGAAGCUGGGGUUCCCUGCCAAGUUUCUGGACUUCAAGAUCCAGAACAUGGUGGGGAGCUGUGAUGUGAGGUUCCCCAUCCGACUGGAAGGGCUGGUUCUCACCCACCAGCAGUUCAGCAGCUAUGAACCUGAACUAUUUCCUGGCCUUAUUUAUAGGAUGGUCAAACCAAGGAUUGUGUUGCUUAUCUUUGUGUCUGGAAAAGUUGUUCUGACUGGAGCAAAAGAGCGUUCUGAAAUCUAUGAGGCAUUUGAGAACAUCUAUCCCAUUCUUAGAGGUUUCAAGAAAGCAUCAUAAUACAGCCUGUAAAGUAGAUAGAAACAACGUUUGUAAAAUGGGUUUGUAUUGCUAGUCAUGGAAGAGAAGCCAAGGCUAUUCCUGGACCCAAAUGUAUAGAUGUGGAGGAUGACAGUGAUGUUAUUGUGAAUGCUAUAAAUGCUGAUCCCUUCCUACAGUU